CUGGUGUCAUCAUGAUGGCUUCUCUUUUCGUUCUUUUCUUCAUCGGGGUGUAUCUCAAGGGAAAGACUGGUGGACAUUCCCAUGGCGGUCAUACAGGCGAGGUCACGAUGCAAGGAGCUCCCCCAGGGUUUUCUACAGCACCACCAACCUAGCAAAAUCAGGCAGUAUCAUGGUCUGAUGAUGAUUAUCUCAACGAGAAAGAUAUGGCGUUCGCAAGGUAGACACGCUCUUCCUUAUAUACUUCAGGCUUCGUCGCUAACGCACAAUUGAACAGAGAGUACAGGAUUGAUGAUUACGGACUUGCAAAUGGUUAUCCCAGGGAUGACAAGCGAUAUGUUUCUCGGUCCGAGAUGCCCCCAUGGUUUCAGGUGUUUUUCGCUAGUUAUGUUCGACAACGCGAAGAGUUGAAGAGGGCGAUUUCUAUGGUCGCUAAUCAGCAAAACGGCUCAUCUCAAACGAAAACCCAGCGAAUCAUUGAGACCAUCGUGCCUGUCAACAACAACAAUGUCCUCUCUGCUGAUCCUGAAAUCGACGAUGAUACAUUUAGGAAGAUGAACUUGAACAUCACUCUUUUGGAAGGAGGAAUUCUUUUCCAUUCAGUCUUUGUGGGAAUGACAGUCUCCAUCACCACCGAUGGUUUUAUCGUUCUCCUCAUUGCCAUCUUGUUUCAUCAAUUCUUUGAGGGCCUUGGUCUCGGAAGUCGUAUCGCAGCUGUUCCGUAUUCAAAAGGCGCAGCUAAGCCAUGGGUUUUGGUUGUUGCCUUUGGGACUACAGCACCAAUUGGCCAAGCUAUCGGUCUUAUUACUAGAAACUCUUAUGAUCCUACCAGUGCUUUUGCACUUAUAAUUGUGAGAACCUUCAAUGCCAUUUCGUCGGGUCUCCCCAUCUUCGCGGCAACCGUGGAUUUGCUUGCCGAGGAUUUCCUUUCCGAUGAAGCUCAAUAUCUUUUGAUAAGGAGCAUGAAGAUCCAGGCCUUCAUCUACCUUCUUUUAGGCGGUAAGUCACGACGCCCUCAUCCAACUUUGACAACUAUCUUAGCCGCGGGUAUGUCCAUCGUCGGCGCCUUCGCAUAA